CUUGGCGGGCAGAGGCCAGGUGUCCUGGAACAAGUGCGGCCCAGGGACAGACUGGCUGCCUGGCAGCAGGCAGAAGGUCUGCGAGCAGAUGGGCUCCGAUGUCCGAGACCUCAACGCGCUGCUGCCCUCCGUGCCCUCCCUGCCGGGCAACAGCAACUGCACCAUGCCGGUGAGCAGCGCGGCGCAGUGGGCUCCCGUCCUGGACUUCCCCCCGGGGGCCUCCUACGGCUCUCUGGGGCCGCACUCCUUCAUCAAGCAGGAGCCGAGCUGGAACGGGUCGGACCCGCACGAGGAGCAAUACCUGAGCGCCUUCACCGUCCACUUCUCCGGCCAGUUCACGGGCACGGCCGGGGCUUGCCGCUACGGGCCCUUCGGCGCCCCGCCGCCCAGCCAGCCGCCCUCCGGCCAGGCGAGGAUGUUCCCCAACGCGCCCUACCUGCCCAACUGCCUGGAGAGCCAGCAAGCGAUCCGCAACCAGGGUUACAGCACCGUGGCGUUUGACGGGACCCCCAGCUAUGGCCACACGCCGUCGCAUCACGCCGCCCAGUUUACAAACCACUCCUUCAAACACGAGGACCCCAUCAGCCAGCAGCCCUCGCUAGGGGACCAGCAGUACUCGGUGCCUGCCCCUGUGUACGGCUGUCACACCCCCACCGACAGCUGCACUGGCAGCCAGGCCCUGCUCCUCCGGACCCCCUACAACAGUGACAAUUUGUACCAAAUGACCUCACAGCUUGAGUGCAUGACAUGGAAUCAAAUGAACUUGGGAUCCACGCUGAAGGGCCAUACGGCAGGAUAUGAAAAUGAGAACCACAGUGCUCCCAUGUUGUACAGCUGUGGGGCCCAAUACAGAAUACACACCCACGGAGUUUUUAGAGGCAUACAAGAUGUCCGACGAGUGCCGGGAGUAGCUCCGACUAUUGUCCGAUCAGCAAGUGAGACAAAUGAAAAACGUCCCUUUAUGUGUGCGUACCCUGGCUGCAACAAGAGAUACUUUAAGUUGUCCCAUUUACAGAUGCACAGCAGAAAGCACACUGGUGAAAAGCCUUAUCAGUGUGAUUUUAAGGACUGUGAACGGAGAUUUUCUCGUUCAGACCAACUCAAACGGCACCAAAGACGACACACAGGUGUGAAGCCCUUCCAAUGUAAAACCUGUCAGAGAAAGUUCUCCAGAUCUGAUCAUCUGAAGACUCAUACCAGGACUCAUACAGGUAAAACAAUCUCUGUACAGAUGGACAAGGAGCCUGAAAAUCUUUUUCUCCCUGCUAAGGAUUCUUAUUUCUCUUCUGGACCAUAAAAACAUAUAUUUAAGACUUUUCAAAAUAAAAGAGAAAUUUUAAUAAAGCAAAUGAUUCACCUGAGAACAUGGCAUUUUCUAUGGCACUGGCCAAAUAGAUGCUUCAAGUAAUGGCCAUAUCUACACUUGCAAUCUGCAAUGGUGAAGGGCAUGGCUGUGUUCCUGGGCUCUCCCUGCAGUCUCAUGAUGAGUUGCAGGGCCUGGGUCCAUGUGCAUUUGCAUGAGGAAAGAUACUUUCUUCAAUAGCAGGAGGUAACAUUCUGGUAGAGACAAAGUGCCAAGUGGUCGUCAUAUGCUAGCAAGCCAGGAUAAACUACAUUCCCCAUCACAGUUCUUUGCUACCUGAUCUGCCAGUUCAAGACUUCGGUGACUCCAGUAAUUUUUUACCCCAGGUUAGCUAAAUCAGUGAAGAACUUGCUCUCUUUUUAAUAGUGAAGCUCAUCUCCCCGUUCUAGUUGUUCCUUGCUGCAAGCCCACACUGCGCUCGUUGCUGAAAGCAGCAUCCCUUGUGCCCUGAUGCCCUCACAGCGCAGACCUUUGGGUGGGCUCACUGCUUGCCACUGGCUCAGGUUCUGUGCAAGCUCUGCAGCCCAGCUGCGUGCUGCUGUGAUGUCCUGUUGGCAGUUUUGGAUAUGUCAGGCUCCUUUGACUGUAAAAUAUGCAUAUUCCAAGGGGAAUGAGCACGAGUGGUGGAUGGGGACUUUUCGUCUCCAUCUUGCCCUGUAGCUUUGUUCCUCUUUCUUUUUUGUACCCCCUAAAUUUUGCCAGAAAACACCUAGCUCAAGUUAACUGGCUCCAUGUUAAAUCUCGAUGAAGGAAAGCAUAGGUGACUUCAAUCUAAUUCCAACCUAAUGUUAAGUCAACUGCCAAACUGUUUGUUAAGCUACAAAUUCAGGGGGGUUUGUCUCCACAAGAAAUUUUACUCUGACAGCAAGCUUUCCUGUAGAAAGGGAAAAAAUUAAUCAAAGGACAACUCCAUACAUCUAUAUACAUUGUUAGCAACGGAAAUGUGAUUUCUGAUAUCUGUACAGAGAAGCUGUACAAAGUAAUUUGUGCCCAGCACAGAACUAAUAGAGAUAGCUGCCUCCUGUUGUGAGAGGACAAUCAGAAUUGCUUGUGAAACAGCAAAAUUCUUCUGCUUUUACUGGGGUGGUUCAGUGAUAGGUAACUCAUAUCAGUUCACAGAUGGUUUUGCUAAUGCUGCCGAGACGAAAGAAGACCUCUUUAUACAAUCUGUGAUUUUUGUCAGUAGCCCUGACCAGAUCAAUUUUUUCUCAUAGUGUUUUAUGGACUCAUGUGAGAUAGCUGGUGCUUUUGCCAGCAUGUGUGUUAAGUAGAUAAAGUAGAUUUUAAACACCCUUAUAUUGCACGUAAUUUUGCAAACAGAAAUGCGUAUUUACUCCAAUCCCAGAUCCCCUUUUGUCUGAGUUUGAUGUUUGUGAAAUGCACAAGGUGUGAGGCAAAGAAGAGGAGAAGAUGUCUGGGUGAGCUCGUACCACCCCAGAGUGUCUUGAAUUGGAGAGUACAAGGUGUGUAGACAGCACUGAAGAGCCCAGCCCCAGAGCUGAACCUACUUUAAAAUAUUUGGGGUGAAAAAAGAGAAAAUGCAAUUCUAGAAGAAACAUGAAUCACCGGGCACUGCUCUGAGCUAAUGAAAGCAUUCCAUCAGCAUUCCUGCGGUGUCAGAAACGCGGCCUGAAAUUCCACUUGAACAUUGUAGAAAAUCAAGAGACCAGAUUAAACUGUAAAAAGGUGGUGGCAGUUCUUGUUAAAAUUGAAUGGGCUUUUUUAGUGAUUAUGCUCAUGGGGAUGUUCGAAAAAUACUGAAUACUUUGAGCCUUUAACAUCUCCCAUAGAUGUGCAUCUACUUUAUUUAGACAGUAGUGGGAAAGUUUCAGGCUCAGCAGUCUUCAUGCUGAACUCUGUUACUUCUACCAUAUUCACUUACACUCACCAAUUUCAAAGAACUUCAGCCAAAACUCACUGAACUAAAUGGAAAAACUCUCCUUGACUUGAGGUCAAGCUCUAAAUAGUCACUGACAAUUUUCACUGUGACUAGCAGUAUGUCUGCACCACAGUGCGAGGUGUGACUGAAACUUGUGCGAAUGCCAGAGUGACUUUUAAACUAGCUCCUUCAAGAGCUGAGAGUAGCACAGACAUGGCAAUGUGGUGUUCAGUAAGGGCCUGUCAUCAGGAAUGAACAACUGCAAAAUGUUCUACGUCAUCUGAAAAGGCUGUUGUUAAAGAUCAGCUGAGGGAGUUGUAGGAAAGCCCUGAGCGCUGAUGGGAGCAGGGAUUGAGGGCACUCCCACACCCUCUCAGGAUGGCCUGGGAUGCCUUUGCUCCUGACAGGAGCUCUGCCCGACCCCUCACAGCCCUGCAGAAAGAAAACAAAUAGCGUCUCAGGCGAGCUGUAUACCCAGUUAAUAACAGGGUGUUUUGUUAACAGGUGAAAAGCCUUUCAGUUGCCGGUGGCCCAGCUGUCAAAAAAAAUUUGCCAGGUCUGAUGAAUUAGUUCGUCAUCACAACAUGCACCAGAGGAACAUGACUAAGCUGCAGUUGGCCCUUUAGGCAGUUCAAACAAGUGAAUAAACCAGUGGGACAUUAUGAGCUACUGCAAACUUUAUCAGCCAUCUUCGAUCACCUCUGUCAGAAAGCUGCAGCUGUCUUCGCAUCCCAUUUGACACAAGUUAACUAAACCGUAGGAUUCUGCUCAGCCUUGUCUUCCAUUUGGACUUACACAGGUUGCCAUUCAAUAAGUUCAAGAGAUUUUUAUUUGUACUUUUGUUAAAAAGUAAGCAAGGUUGCCACAGUUUCAAGAAUACUAUAAGCUAUGCUUAACCUUUCUCAUCUGUCUCCAGUUUUCUGGUUUUAUUUUCGCUUGAACUUUUCUAGGUGCAAAGUCUUGUGCCUUUUAAGUCCUACAGCUGGUAGAGUGAAUCCUCCCUGUUGAAGGUAAGCUUUACGCUUACUUCAUCUGUGCAUACGCUGAGGUUUCCCAAUGCUAGUACAGUUAUCCUCACAAAAUGAGAUGGACCAAUCACCUGAGAUACUUUGGGUAAACUUUGUACUUGUACUGCCGAAGGGCAAGCUUUUAAAGUUGGAAACUCUGCUUUUGAAUUUCACAAAUCAAACGUUUUUAAAGGACAUAUUUCUAGAGCAGCUAAAGGUAGAUGACCCAGAGCCUCUCUGUACAGAAAAUAAGAAUCUUACCAUUAAGUUAACUUGUUUUUUAAAUAAUCUCAUAAUUGAUCCCCCCAAACUGUUUUGUUUGUCAAUUAACUCUCUCCCUUUUUCUCUCUCUUCUUAAUGUAUUGGUUUAAAUUUAUUCUGUCGUAAGAUGCAUAGAUCUUCUUUACACAAACCUAAUUGCAAUCAUUGUAGACAUUUGGGAUUUGUUUACAAUGUAAAGCCACACUGGUUAUGUGGCUGGCGAGCUGUAUAAACUUAAAACUGAACUUUUAAUGGGGCUGGUCCGGGAUCUCCAUUAACAGAUUACUCUUAAGAUAAGUAACUUAAAAAGACUCUUUGUCAAGUAUAUGUGAAAAAGACAUUAUUAGUGUAAGGAAAUAUAUUGUUUCAGGAUUUUGGGAGGAGGGAUUUAUUAUUUACUUUUAAUUGCUUGAAAUUGUGUGUAUAUAUAUCUGAUAAUGUAUUGCUCUUAGACAUCUAAAAUUAGAAAGUGUAUAAAUAUUAGAUGCAUCACUGUUCUGAUGUUGUUGCUGUUACAAACUAUUGAUAACACUAAGAAUGUAACCUGCAUUUUUCACUGAGCUUUCAAUUAAAGCCCAUUCAAAGAGAAACAAA